AUGGCCCCCGCACAAUAUCUUCUACUCAACACGGGACGCAGAAUCCCCACCGUGGGUCUCGGGGUUUACAAGACUCCUGCUGAACAGUGUGUUUCACUUGUCCACGAGGCACUGAACGUCGGCUACCGCCACAUCGACUCCGCCGCCCUCUACUACAACGAGGAGGAAGUUUGCGAGGGAAUUUCCAAUUGGCUUGCUGAGGACCCGUCGCGCAAACGUGAGGACGUCUUUUAUACCACCAAGAUUGGAGACGCGUUCCACGGCUACGAGAAGACGAAAAAUGCCAUCAAGGUGUCGCUGGAAAAGGCAAAAAAGAUUCAGUACAUUGACCUGAUUCUGAUCCACUCGCCACAGUCGGACGGCGAGAGAAGACACGGGUCCUGGAAGGCACUGGAGGAAGCGUACGAGGCAGGCACGGUGAAGAACAUCGGGGUCUCGAACUAUGGCAUCAAGCAUCUGAAGGAGCUUUUGGCGUAUCCGGACCUCAAGGUGAAGCCUGCCAUCAACCAGUUUGAGCUGCAUCCAUGGUUGCAACGGCCGGAAUUGGUCGGGUUCUGUCGCCAGCACGACAUCGCCGUUGAGGCGUAUUCGCCGCUGGCCAGAGGCCAGAAAGUUGCCGAUCCUGUGGUGGUGAAAAUUGGUGAGAAGUACAAAAAAACCGCUGCUCAGAUCCUCAUCAGAUGGUCUCUUGAGCAAGGUUUCAUCACCCUGCCAAAGACCGCCACCAAGGCCCGGCUGGCCCCGAAUCUCGACGUUUUCAGCUUUGAUCUGGCCCCAGAAGACCUCGAAAUUCUCAACGGCCUCGAGGAGAACUAUAUCAGCGGCUGGGACCCAACAACGUAUCCAUUGGACUCUGAAAAAUCCUAG